CCCGGCCCCGGCAGCUCCCGCACGCCGCCGCGGGGCCCGCGGCAGCACACGGAGAGGCACGGCCCCCUUCACGCCCUGCCCGAGGAGAUCCGCAAGAUGUCCCGGGACGAGACGGUGUGUAAAUACUGCGGGGUCAGCUACUUGAUCCUCCACGAGUUUAAGGUGAUGGAAGAGAAAGUCAAAGCCAUGGAGAAGGAGGUGAAGUUUUAUGAGGGAAGCGUGGAACGGGAGCAGAGGCUGCAGGCUGAGCUCCAGGCCCUGUACCGAGACCUGGAGCGCUACCGAGCUGCCAGUGAGUCCAAGUCUGAAAGAAUAAAAAACCUGACGAUGGAACUGAAAACCAAGCAAGAGGAGUUUAAAAAUGUGAAAGCUGAUUUGCAGUAUUUCCAGGAGGAGAAGGAGGCUGCCUACAAACAGUCCCAGGUGCUCAGAAGUACCUUGGAACACCACUGCUCAACUCUGAACAAGGCUGUGUCCCUGUUCCCUUUCAUCAGGAGUGAGCUGGACAGCAUUAAAGAGGUCAUCUCCACCAACCUGGAGAACUGGGCUGCCAUGAAAGAGGAAAUUUCUCUGCAGAUAAAAACCGUGAGCAAGGAAGCUCUGACAGAAAUACCCAAAUUGAAUCAAAGACUGGCGAAAUCCCAGAGGGAGAACGAGUGUCUGCAGGAGAAGGUCAAACACCUGACAGGGGUGGCUGACACGGUGGAGCUGAAAACCCAACAGCUCCAAACUUCCCUCCAGCAAGGGAAUGAACUCCAGAGCAGGUGCCGGGAACUGCAGAAGGAGACACUGGAUUUAACAAACCAAGUGGAGAGCACGGGGCUGCAGCUGCAGAAGGUGACGGCCGAGCUGGACCACUACAAGAAGCUGUUAAUGGUGAAAUCAACAGAACUUGAAGUCUGUCAGAAUGAACUGAAGAAGAUGAAAUAUGAAAAUGGGAUUUCUGAGUCCAGGCUUACCAAAGAGCUCAAGGAAAAGGAGGAAUCCCUUCUACUUUGCCAACAGGUCUGCAAACAUUUACAGGAGGAAGUGGCUGAGAAGGAGAGGAAAGAAGAGGACCUGAAGAGAAGAACUGGACGAUCAGAGAGUGAACUGGAGACACUGAAAACUCUGCUGAGCCAGACGGAGGAGGAGGUGGUGAUGCUCAAACAGGAGAGGGAGCUGAUGGUGGUUUCCCACCAGACCAGGACGGAGCAGCUGCAGGAAGCGCUGAGGCAGAAGAUGAGGAGUGAGGAGACCUGGAGGGAGAAGCUGGAAAUGGAUCUGGCCAAGGGAGAGGCUCGGCAGAAAGAGGCAAUUCUGAAAGUCAAGGAGGAGGCCAGGGUGGAGCUGGACCUGGAGAGGCAGAAACAGCAGGAGCUGAUCACAAAGUACCAGCGAGACCACGAGGAGCUGCAGAAGAAGAUACCAGGUUUAAUAUCCAGUGCCACCAAGAGCUUACGGAUGGAGACAGAAAUCCUUGAGAAAAAGCUCCAGGAUGCCCAGAUGAAACUCGCAGAGAAGGAUGGGGACAAGGAGAAGGAAAUCCAGAGCCUUAAAAGACUGAUCAGUGAACUCGAAUUUCAGCUGACGAUGGAAAAGAACAACAAUGAAUCAUUCCUGGAUAAACUGAGGAAAGAAAUGAAACACAAGUCAGAUGAACUGGAAAAAUUAACCCAGGAGAGGACACAGCUGAUUCACAGCUUGAGUCAAGUCCAGGAGGAGAAUUCCCUGCUGCAGGAGACGGUGCGCCGGGAGUGUGAGGAGCGCUGCGGGCUCACGGCCGCGCUCAGCAGGGCCCGCGAGCAGGUGCUGGAGCUGCGGAGGCUCAGCGGGACCUUCCCGGGGCCGCCCUGGCCCCGCUCCCGGGGCAGCCCCGGCGCCGCCAGGGAAUUGCGGCUCUCCCUGGGCACGGCCAGAGCUGCCAAGGGAGCCGCUCCCGGCCGGCACAGCCCGGCAUUGGCAUCGGCAUCGGCGGGGCCCAGCCCGCCCCAUGCCCCCAGGGGAAGGGCAGCCUCGCUCCCCGAGCCCAGGACCAGGAGCAUUCCCGGGAUAACCCGCCGGCCCAGCCAGCUCUGACACCUCCACAGCCUGGGAAACAGCCCAGGCCUUCACAGGACCCUUGGCUUAUGGACACCGGGGGCCAAAUCUCUGCCAGUGCCAUUCAUCCAUUUCUACAACCCGGAAUUCACUUAAAUUUGUAUUUAUUUCUGCUGCAAUAAUGUUUGUUUGUCCUUGGAUUUGUUAAUCGUGUAAUGAAAUGCUGUUUAUGUUUCAAGUGGAGAAGAGGAACAGAAGAGUGUCCCUAAAAGGGACUCAUCUUCAGAGGUGGAAUUAAAACCAUGGAAUCUCAGAAGGGUUGGGUUGGAGGGGACCUUAAAGCUCAUUCAGUUCCAACCCCCUGCCAUGGGCAGGGAAUGAUGGCCAAUCCUCCUAGAAUCCAGGUU